AUGGCGUCCAGAGGUGACACCGCGGGGUCCUCCCGGCCACGAUCUCGUCGCUCUAUCGCCCAUGUCCCGCGCUCGAGAUUGACUGCCGGAGGCGACAAGGAAAAUGCGACCACCGACAUUAAUGCUGCACGACCAUUGAUCGGACCCGGUGUGGGAACUGGAAAGGAUAAGAAGUCUCGGAGCAAAAGCUUAGGACCCGGCGGUUUGGAUGCGCUUCAAGACUCGAACGGAAAUCGGCGCAAGUCUGCCGCUGUUUUCCCCCUGAAGUCCAUCCUCAAACCGACCGUCCCUGUGUCCCCCGUACGAAAUAUUCCUACGUUCGAAGAAACACGCAAGAAAACCCCGGCCCGCAACGCAAAGUCACAAGGAGAUAGCAGCAGUGCAGCACAGGAAGGUCUUCUAAUCGACUUUGAUACACCCGCCCAACCAUCCACUUCUAAAUCCGACGACCAAACCAAUCCUUUCGACACAUUCAACGCCGAUACUAUCCGCGAUGAGAUGGCUGCGGCAAGGGAGCAGGAGGAGAAGGAAAGGAGGGAAAGAGAAAAGAAGGCGAUAUUGCAACAGAGGGAAGCGCGACGGAAGUCGAUGGCCAACCGCCGUGUAUCCUUCGCCCCUGAGGCGACAUUGCAUACUUGGAAUGUAGUAGAAAUACCUGACGACUCAACGUCGUCGUCGGCAUCCAACUCUACUCGACGUGCUUCUUCGAUGGCAGGCCGUGAAAACCAGCAACCCGCAGCGGCUCCCAGACAAGAUGAGCGUCCUAGCUCACCUGAGAUUGACGCGGAAUCCGAUAUCGCCUUUUCUCCAGUACAAUAUCCCGACUUGGCACAGUUUGGGAAUCGUCCCGCAAGUGGCAACUAUGAUGGGGUCGGGUCAUCUCAAGACAUGUUCUCGAGCCCAUUUAGUGGGAGCGAAGCUAGCGAGGACACUGGCCUACAUUCAGCUGGUAGAGACGAGGACGACGACAACUCAUCUACUUCUGAUUUUGAUGGCGAGAACACUGCGAUGAGCAUGGAUGAUACAGCUCACUCGGGUAUAACGGGCCAAACGGACGGGUCUGAAUCCACUACGGGCACUAGUCGUUUGAACAAUGCUCUACGACAAGCCGCUCGCGAAGCUGGAAGGACCUUUGAAGAUGAUGACGAGGAAGUUUCCAUGGAGAUCGCUGCCCAGGAGAUUACUGGAGCCUUCCAGCCCUGGAUCAAGCGGGGGCAAAGACAAAGUUUCGACUGGGAGGAUAUUAGCGCACGGCAGGACCAGGAAAAUGUUGACCCAUACAAGCCCUCAAACGCAGAUAUGUCCGAGAUGGCAAGCGACAAUGAGGACGAGGAGCUUAGCAUGGACGUGACGAACGCUAUUGGGCGCAUCAUUUCCAGCAGCCGGCAGAGCUUAAGCCGCCGCAAGUCAAGUGGCGAGGAAACGAACUACGAAGAGCAGACCAUGGAGCUCACAAACGUUGUGGGAGGUAUUGCCCGAUCUGUGUCGCCUGCAAAAUCUACCGGUGCCGACAGUAACCCGGACAAUGACGAGGAAAUGACCAUGGAGUUUACAUCGGUCGUAGGGGGCCUCUUGAAAAACAACUCCUCUCAGAGCAUUGACGAGGACAACGAAUCGCCAGCUCAAACUCGCAAUCACUCUGAGUGGGACGACACCGAAGAUGACAUGGAAGACGGAGCUGACAUGGAGAUCACCGGAGCAGUUGGUGGCAUUCUUCCAGCAAUCCAGGAGCAAACGGAACCAGUUGAUGAGGAUCAAACUGCAGGCAUGGAUUUCACCACUGCUGUUGGCAAGAUACUGCCACCGCAAGUCCUGAGCCCAGACAAGGAUCAAGACAUAGACUUCCAAUUGGGGAGCUCUCCGUUUCAGGAAACAGUGAAAGCGUCUCCCGCCAAGUCCCCUAGUCGUAUCCACGUUGCUGCAGUCGCGUCAGAGAAUGGUAGCCCCAGCCUGGCUAGCGUUAGAUCUUCGCGUACAAGACAGAGUCUAAGCCGUGCAACUCCAACAACCCCAACUUCGACGACGCCUCAAGUUUCACCUACCAAAAUUGCCUCAGUUCGCUCUAAGCAAUUGAGUCAAGCAAACCAACCCUCUACCCCCGAUCAACCUUUGCCGUCUAGGAACCAGCAGGCUCGGAGUGCGUCUCCUAAAAAGCUUUCCCAGCCUGAAGUUCAGGUUUCGGACAGCCAAAGGAAAUCGCCCCGUAAGAGCCUCUUUGGUCCCAAUGCAGCGGGACAAUCCGCUCCUCUCUUUGUCCUGCGCCCCCCUCAAAAGAGAAGGUCCUCUGGUCUUGGGAUUGACAAGGAAGGCCUUGGAUCUCCCAAGGUUGCGGCCAUUCUUGACAAACGGCGUUCUAUUGGCGAGGAGACUGAGGGGUUUGUUCCUCAGGAAAGACCGCAGGGUGUGCGCUUUGAAGACCCACUCAAACUCCAGGAGGAGGUUGACAGAGAACGGGAGGAAGAAGAAAGUCGGGAGGAUGGUCAUAUUCAACCACUGCAGAACGAUCGUGAUCCUACUGCAAACUUGAGGGAUAUGAUUUCCAGUCUCACCCCGAAGAAGAACAAGGUCCGUGGCCGCAAGAGUCUUCACGUGGGAGCCGCACGAGGCCUGCUUGGUAAACGCCCGGUAGAGUUAGACGAAGAUGAAGACGAAAAUACUCCUAACAAACGGCUGAGGCGCCCUGAAGAUAUGAGCCCAGUGAAAGGCGUGAAGCUUCCGCCUCCCCCAACGAAAGAAGAAACGGUUGGGCGCGUAAACCGUUCACCGACUCGCAAGCCCUUCGGUUUAUCUCCGUCUAAAGCUAGCACAACUCCUACCCGGGAACCAAAAGGAGUGCUCUGCUCGGCGGAUCCCGCGCACACAUCGCCGACAACUGGUGCUGCGGAACACGAAGACGCUUCGGCUGAAGAUGCUGGGCCAGAGUUUGAGCCUAUACAGCUACAACAAUUCCUGGACAUGACCAACAUCCACUUCAUGGAACUUACAACCACUAAACGGCGACAUACCACUGCCCCGGAUAGCAUUAGCAAGAGGACGGCUAGGCUGUCCCUUGAGGGUGAUUCCAAAUCAAGUGCUUCCAACUUCGAGGAUUGUGUUGCGGCAGGUUUCUGUACCGUGCCGAUGCUCGAGUUAUAUCAACAUGUAAGUGUGUCAAAUGUAAGCCGAUGUGGUAUGCUAACGUGGUCUAGUCCUGUCGGGAGCUGA